UAAUUCGAGGGUUGUUUUACAUUUCUACAUGACCAAUGCGAACGAUCUUAUAAGCCUUUCACUGUAAGUCGGUUUUUUCUUCUUUUCUUUUCGGCGAGGAGUUGUAAAGAUGGCAAAACAAGCUAGUACUCUUUUCCUUGAAGAAUGGCUGAGGAGCAUUAGUGGCUGUAGCAGUAAUGUUUACUCCACAAAUUCUUCUUCCUCAUCGGCCCGAGCUAUUAUUCAAGCAUGGGCUGAGCUUAGAGACUCCCUUCAAAACCAAUCAUUUCAACCACAUCACCUCCAAUCCUUAAAAACCCUCCUUAACUCUCAAACUUCUCUUCAUGUUGCUGACCCACAAGCAAAAAUUGUUCUUUCCAUUCUUUCCUCUCCACACAUAUCUCUUCCAAAUGAAUCAUAUCCUCUCUUUCUUAGACUUCUUUAUAUCUGGGUCAGGAAAUCCUUCAAACCCUCUUUGGUUCUUAUUGAUUCUGCUGUGGAGGUCCUCUCUCACCUUCUUAAUGCUCAAUUUGAUUCUAGGAAGAGUCCUCUCUUGUUUUCCGAAGGUGUUCUCCUUCUGGGUGCAUUUGCUUUUGUGCCUUCUUUGUCUGGAGGCUCUAAAACAGUCUGCUUGGACAUGCUCUGUAGGCUGUUGGAAGAGGAGUACCGAUUGAUUGGCUCAUCCGGAGAGCAUAUUUCGGAUGUUCUUGCUGGAAUUGGGUAUGCUCUAUCUUCUUCUGUGAAUGUUCAUUAUGUUAGAAUUUUAGAUUCUUUAUUGGGGAUUUGGGGCAAAGAAGGUGGGCCUUGUGGUAGUAUUACUCAUGGGCUCAUGAUUCUGCAUUUGAUUGAAUGGGUGUUGUCUAGUUUGAUCAAUAUCCGUUGUUCUGAGAAAAUAAAUGUUUUUGCCCACGAGGCUUUAGAGACUUCAAAGGCAAACUAUGUCCCAUUUGCCGUUGUCAUGGCUGCAGCUGGAGUGUUGAGGAUUGUCAAUAGAUCUAAAAUGAAUGGUCUGGGGCUAGAUACUGUUUCCAAAUUAAGGGGCUUUGCAGAGGAUCGGGUAGAAUCUUUUGCAAGAGCUAUUAUUUCUAGAAAUUGUGUUACGAAUGCAGAUAAUGAUCCCACAUGCAGUCUUCUACUUCAGUGCAUUUCAUUAGCACUGGCUCGAAGUGGCCCGGUUUCAUCCCGUGCCCCUCUGCUAAUGUGCCUUGCUUCUGCAUUGUUGAAUGAAAUCUUUCCCUUACGACAUUUAUAUACAAAAGUACUUGACUUCCCACAUAGAAAUUCAGCUAGACUAUGGCAUGAUGAGGUCAAAAAGCAUUUGGAAAGUGUUCUUUUUAAGGAAGCAGGGGCCAUAACUAGUGUUUUCUGCAGUCAAUAUGUUUCAGUAGAUGUAGAGAGCAAGGGUGUGGUGGAGAAUCUAAUAUGGGAUUACUGUCAAGAUAUCUAUUUGGGGCAUCGACAAGUAGCUUUGAUGCUACGAGGUAAAGAGAAUGAACUACUUGGGGAUACAGAGAAAAUUGCUGAAUCUGCUUUCCUUAUGGUUGUACUUUUUGCAUUGGCUGUCACGAAGCACAAGUUUAAUUCUAAAUCCACCCAGGAAACUCAGUGGGACGUAUCAGUACAUAUACUAGUUUCAUUUUCUUGUUUAGAGUAUUUUCGGCGCAUUCGUUUACCAGAGUAUAUGGAUACAAUUCGAGGGGUUGUUGCAAGUGUUCAGGGGAAUGAGUCUGCCUGUGUCUCUUUUGUGGAAUCUAUGCCCUCUUACAUGGAUAUGACCAAUGGAACAAAGUUUUCAUUAUCUCAAAAAGUGGAGUAUGUAUGGUCCAAUGAUGAUGUGCAAACUGCUCGCAUAUUAUUUUACCUACGAGUGAUUCCAACUUGCAUUGAACAUGUUCCUUGCCUUACACUUAGGAAGGUUGUAGCUCCAACUAUGUUCUUAUACAUGGGACAUCCAAAUGGAAAAGUUGCUCGAGCCUCACAUUCCAUGUUUGCGGCAUUCAUGUCCUCUGGGAAGGAUCUUGAUCAGGAUGAGAGAGUGUCAUUAAAGGAGCAGCUUGUUUUCUAUUACAUGCAGAGAUCUUUAUUGGGAUAUCCUGCCAUCACUCCUUUUGAGGGUAUGGCUUCUGGGGUUGCAGCCUUGGUCCGAAAUCUUCCUGCUGGAAGUCCAGCCAUAUUCUAUUGUAUUCACAGUCUUGUGGAUAAGGGCAGCACACUCUGUGGUGAAAUCUAUGCUCAGGAGGCUGAUUUGUUGAGGAACAGGCAAGGAGAUUCAGAUGCUUGCAAGAAAAUCCUAGAGUUGCUUCUACGGCUUAUUUCCCUUGUUGAUAUACAGGUGCUGCCAAACUUGAUGAAGUUGUUGGCACAAUUGAUUGUCCAGUUACCAAAAGAUAGUCAAAAUAUGGUUCUUAAUGAGUUAUAUUCACAGGUUGCAGAGUCUGAUGAUGUUACACGCAAGCCGACUUUAGUUUCAUGGCUGCAGUCACUGUCUUACCUUUGUGCUCAAGCUACAAGCGAAAGUUCCACCCCCAAAGGGGUGCAAAAAGAAGUGAACAUGACUUCUGCACAUAGCACAGACUCAUUAAGCCUUACUAGACUAAAUGCACGACUUUGAGACAUUGCGGUGCAGAUUUUGGAUUACCCUCCCCUCCUUUUGAUGGACUUUUGUUCCUUAAUUCUUUUGUGUGUCUAGUGCUUGUUGCUGAAUAUCUCAGUAUGUUUUCAGGAGUAAUAUAUAGAAAUAUGAACUUGCAUCAGUUAUAUUCUUGUUCACCUCACUAAUGCAAUAAAUACAUAAAUCACUUGUAGUUUCUAUA